CUAACGUUUAGCCUCACGAGCCAGCUGGCGUGUGUCGCGUGAAUGCGCGUGGAGUUUUAAUGGCGAACUUUGGAGUUCACCCGCUGCCGAACUGGAGCGAAGUUAACCAGCCGCACGUGCAGCGGCACCGCGGGCUCGCCACGGCAGCUUAACAGCAUCCUCGUGCCCUCCAACUUUCUCGGCGAGGCGCUCGCGGCAGCUGACCAGCUGUGAUGUUGGGAUUGGAGCGUUUCUCGUCGGCGCGUACGGCGGCACCGCUCCGUGGAUGUGUUUGUUGCCGGUAGGCCCCGGGGAAGUGUUUGACUACAGGUGCUCACAUUCUGCUGCAGAGGAGAGAGCACCAGGAUGAGGAGAUUGUAGGCACCCGCCGUAGUAUGGCCGCGUCCCGUUCCUCGCGCGUCACAAGGUCAUCAGUGGGGCUCAAUGGAUUGGAUGAGAACUUUUGUGGUCGAACCCUCAGGAACCGCAGCAUUGCCCAGCCAGAGGAGACCUCGGUGUCUCCUUUACCUAGGGCCCGCUCGCCCAAGAAGAAGCAAGAGUCAAAGCAGGACUCAAAGCAGGAAGCAAAGCAAGAGUCAAAGCAGGAUGCCAAACAGGAGGUCAAGCAGGAGUCAAAGCAGGAAACUAAACAUGAUUCGAAGCACGACUGUCAGCAGCAUAGCAAGCAAGAGUCCUCAUUGCAGGGAAAGGUGACUGACUCAAAUGCUUUUCUAACUGAGGCUGAGCACUGGAGCAGCUCCAGAAAGAGGGGCGUAUCCUGUUUAGAAAAAGACAUUACUCCUGAGAAGUCUGAUAUCUAUGAUGGAGGGAAAGGGGCGCAGGAUGCCUCACCUCAAAUCAAAAGGACCAAACGGUGCUCCCGCUCUGGAGAGUCUCAGGGACAUGAAGAGGACUCUGAACCGCUUAAAUUUGAAAGUCUAGAGUCUGUUCCAGAGCCUAGCAAGGACAACAGUUGUGAAGAAUUUCCCAGUCAAAACUCUGCUAACGCUGCUCCUGCUUCUCCUGUCCUCAGCAAAGAGGAAGGUGAGGUGACAGUGGCGAAGGCAGAGGGUGGUCAUGUGGAGCAUGAAGGGACAUCUCGCUCCCCCGUUGCUCUCAAGACCUCUAAUGGACUCAGAGACUGUAAAGCAGAGGAACUCAGCACACUCAACAAAGAGCCUGAUGCAAAUCCCACAUCUGUCACCAACUGCCCGUCGCUGCUCAACGGCAGCCAGAUGGGAGCCCCCUCAUCCCCUGACUCAACUGUGCCUUGUAGAAACUCUGUCCCUGGGCAGUUGGAGGUUUCUGGUACAGGGGAAUCGCCAGCCUCGUCUGUGCCAACACUUGAGGUUGUUCCGGACUACCCUGUCCCUGAGUUGAUAGUAGCGAAGGAGCAGGAGGUGGAGGUGGACGUUGUGGGUGACCCCUUGUGUCUGGCCCAUGAGGAGCAGGUGACAGAAAGCGAAAGCGAUGCCAAUGGCCGGCCCCUAAUACCAGUGCAGGAAGUUGCUGCUUCCACCUCCUCCACAGCCCUCAACGUGAACAAUAGUCCAAUCAACAACAGCAACUCAGGAGAAACUACACCCCCACUAGCAACAACCCCCUCCCCUACAGAGUCAGGGUGCAAUCCCUCUAUAUCCAGCACGCCCCCCUCUUUUACAGAGCUCUAUGAACACCGAUAUACCCUACGAACUUCACCCAGGAGGCCUGCCACUGGUGGCAAAUCCUCCUCCUCCAAACCCACAUCUCCUCCUAGAGACAAUGGGCCCUUGAGGGAGGAGGAGGGACUGUUGGUUGGUCUGGAGGAGGAUUGCGCCAUGGUGGAGGAGCCUGCUCCCUCAGACUGUCUCGGCCCCUCUAGUGAGGAGCCAGUUUCCAUUGACCCUGGAGACAUGGCAGGCAUCGAGCUCCCUGUGGACGGCAAAGACACACAAAGCAGCAAGGAACUGACACCGAGCCAAACUGCAGAGGAAGAGGAGGAAGAGGAUGAGCCAGAUGUGUAUUACUUUGAGUCUGACCACCUGGCUCUAAAACACAACAAAGAUUAUCAGCGGUUGUUACAGACCAUUGGAGUUCUUGAGGCCCAGCGCACGCAGGCCAUCCUGGACCUUGAGACCUUGGCACGUAAUCAACAAGAGGCACUGACUGAUCCCAUCGACUUUGUGGAGCAGUUGCAGAAACGGGUGAAUUUGGGCUUACCGUGUCCCCAGCGAGUUGUCCAGCUCCCUGACAUUGCUUGGGAACAGUACACCUCAGGCCUUGGUGAAUUUGAGAGGGAGUUCUGUGACAAGAAACGCAAAACCAGGCGGCUGAAACUGAUCUUUGACAAAGGUUUGCCUCUUCGACCAAAAAGUCCCCUAGAGCCCAAGAAGGAGGGGGAAUCCUCCACCAUGUACUCCCCUCUGCCCACCAGUGACGCUCCAGAGAAUGGCAGGCAAACACAGAUGAUCAGGGGAAGGAUUUGUCAUCCAAACAAGCCUGACACAUUUAACCAGCUAUGGACCGUGGAGGAACAGAAAAAACUUGAGCAGCUUCUGGUCAAGUUCCCUCCUGAAGAGGUCGAGUCGAGGAGGUGGCAGAAGAUUGCUGAUGAGCUGGGAAAUCGAACAGCAAAGCAGGUUGCCAGUAGGGUUCAAAAGUACUUCAUCAAACUGACAAAAGCUGGCAUCCCUGUGCCUGGAAGAACGCCCAACCUGUGCAUGUACACAAAAAAGGCUUCCAGUAAAAGGCAGCAUCACCUCAACAAGCAUCUGUACCGACCGUCGACAUUUCUGACCUCCUAUGAGCCUCCUGUCUUCAUGGAUGAUGACGACGAGCGCGCGGCGUACUACAGUGGCGUACAGGACCCCUCAGCCGAUGAGUCGGAUGAGGAGACUGUACCUGUGGAGUUGAGGAAUUUGCCAGAGUACAAAGAGCUAUUAGAGUUGAAACGUCUGAAAAAACAGAAGCUCCAGGAGAUCCGGGAAGAUAAAGUUGGGGUGCGGCAUUUGGGCUUCAAGUGUGACGUCUGUGGCAUGGAGCCCAUCCAGGGCGUGCGGUGGCACUGUCAGGACUGUCCGCAGGACAACUCUGUUGAUUUCUGCUCCAACUGCUCAGACUGCUUGUUCAAGACGGAGACCCAUAAGCCCAACCACCACUUGGAACCGGUGUACCAGCCAGAAACCUUCCUGGACAGGGACUACUGCCUGCCUCAGAGCACAGGCUACAACUACCUGGACCCUAAUUACUUUCCAGCCAACAGAUGACAGGGUCCCAGGCGCCCCUAGCUCCAGGCUCUCUCCACAUAUCCCACAGGCCACUCUGUGCAUGGCUCCAUACUCCAAGUCCAAGAUAACCGCUUAACCUGCCGCCUGGCGGAGAGGCCAGCAGGCAGGCACACAGCCAGGGGCACCAGAGCAGACCACAGUGCUGCUGGGAGGGGGGCUGGUGGUAAACUGGCCUUGUGCUAAAGGCAGCCACAUUGGUUCCUCAGCACCAGGGGGCCUCGCCCCACCUCAGCCAGGUUAAUCAACGGCUCUGUGAUUUGAAACGAUACACUAUUUUUAAAAACAAAAACAGAAGGCACACCGACAUUCCCGAGCUCUGUGAUAUCAGGAGGGACGACCCCGUUUCCCUCUUCCCUCCUUGCCCUCCUGUUACCUCCCUGUGCUGCUUUGAAACUGGAGAACUGACCAUCAGUCUGGUGAAUGGCCAUCUAAUGGAGAUGUGUGGUUGACCGUUGUGUCAUAGUGGACUGUAAAGCCAUCAACUGAGGUACACACAGGUGGUUUUUAUGUGUAUGUGGUCUGCGCGUGUUAUGCAAGAGUGAAAAAUGUCCUAGAUAGGUAUCCGUAGAUUGAGUAUUUAUGAGUUGCAGCUUCCUCGGGUGGAGGUGGGACUGCCGCAGGAGAUGUUGGGCGGACACUGAGGCCAGCGUGUUUCCCCAUGCAGCCUGCAGGAGGUCCUGCUCAUCCACACGACGCUGUGCAGACAGACGCACGCGCGUGUAUUCAGACAGACUGCGCAUCACGUUUCCGCAUGGAGCCGUCACUACCGGUGUCACACAACGCUGCUCUCUCCCCCCUCACACAAACAUACCCACGGUUCCACAUGUUCAUCUCCGUUUUCUUUCCCUUUGCUCUCUCCACUAAAACAUGCCUAAGAAGGAAGCACUACAGCACGGAGAGCAAAUGUUUGUGAAGGCAGGGGGAAUGGGAAAGUAUGGAAAAAUACACAGGACUGUGUUUUUGUUUUUUUUCUCCUUCCCCUGUGUGUGCCGUUAUUGAUCAUGUUGCGUGUACAAGUAUAUGGUGAAAAGUAGCCAGCGCUAGUUGCUGUGUGCCAUUUAAAAAAAAAAAAAAAAAAAAGUAAAACGUUUGUUUCUGUGGGUAACUCCACGUUUGAACCAGGCCACAACUUCUUUCCUGCGUGGCACCAUUGACCCACGUUCUCCUACAUAACUGAUCCAGUCAAUCAUGCCUCUAGAUCUUCUUUGAUUUUGCAACACACUUAAAAACACCCAUUUAAAAGAUUGUAUUUUUAUUAAUCUAUUUAAAAAAUGAGGUAGUGGUUGGUGCCUCCACAGUGGAACAACCCACACAAUUUUAUACACAUAGGUUUUGUUGUGCUUGAGUAGACACCAUUUUGUAUGGUUUUCGUCUCCUUUCCUCCCCCCCCAACCACCCCGCCCUGCUUCAAUAUCUGUGUAUAACAGUCUGUUCUUAUGUACAAAAUAAUAAUAAUGUAAAAAAAAUGCUAGAGGAGAACCGUGGAAAUAAAAGUAUGUGAAAAUAG